AUGGUCAAACCCCUAACUUUCAAAGGCGACAAGCCCAAAAAGCGCAAACACCGCGAAUAUGCCGACCCCGAGACCAAAUUCGGCCCUUCCGCCGCCUCCAAGACCUCCGACUCCACCACCCAGCCCAACACCAACACCGACGACACCGCCGAAGACCAGAGCUGGGUGACCGCCGACGCGCCCUCGGAUAUCGCCGGCCCCGUGCUCCUGGUUCUUGCCUCGGACCCGCCGACCUGCAUCGCCAGCGACGCCAACGGCAAGGUGUUUGCGAGCGAGCUGGAGAAUCUGAUCGAGGGGGACGCGGCGACGGCGGAGCCGCACGAUGUGCGGCAGGUGUGGGUUGCGACGCGGGUGGCGGGCACCGAGUCGUUUAGUUUCAAGGGACAUCAUGGGAGCUACGGCAUCCUCAGCGCCUCGGCGGCGGCGAUCUCGCACUACGAGUCCUUCCUCGCGCUGCCUGGCGACAUCCCCGGUACCUUUGCGCUGCAGACCGGCGGCGGCGACAAGGAGGCGUUUGUGUGUGUGCGGGAGGCCGCGUCGAGCAGCAAGGCGAGCGGGAAGGUUGUGGAGGUGCGCGGGGACGCGGGGAGCGUGUCCUUCGAGACGACGGUGCGGAUCCGCAUGCAGGCGCGCUUCAAGCCGCGUAUCAAGGCGAGUAAGGAGACGAGGGCGCGGGAGAAGAUUAGUCGGAAGGAGCUGGAGGAGCUUGUCGGGAGGAGGUUGGGGGAGGAGGAGGUGAGGCGGUUGAAGAGGGCGAGGAGGGAGGGGAACUUCCAUGAGGAGGUGCUGGAUGUGAGGGUGAAGGGGAAGCAUGAUAAGUUUGCGUGGUAG